AUCCAACAAACGCCGCUCGAUGCGAUAACCCCCACUGCGUUGAUACUGAGCAUUUUACUCAGCCUGUGGUAAGCGAAGCCUACCUGGACCCAGCGGAUAAAUGUCUCGUAUGCCAAUUCGGGAUCCAGGACGGGCUGUAUUGCGUGCCCACCUGUUCCAGCUUGUUCCAACCUUUGCCCCUUGCCCACCACCGUAUACCUCAAUCCGAUUCGAGUAGAUCAGCGGUUAUUGACACCCCCAUUUCAUCCCACAUCCGGCAUUCGUUCAGGCCAGACUGCUAUGCCUUGCGGCGGCUCACAUACACUCUAUACAUUCCAGACUCUUGCCUGUAGGUGUAUUUAUUUCGCGGUCUGAUCGACAGAUCUUCUCCAUGAUCGUCACAUUAUAAUCGGUCAGUAUCAUUAUUUGGGUCGUUCUAUUCGGCUGCGGGAUCCAGCAGAUGUUAGCUAGAAUCCAUCAGCAGUGCUCGGCAGUCCGAAUUACUUGCGAUGAGUCAAAGCUUAUUAAUAUGUUGAAUACUUGGUAUAAUUCCGUCCUUGACCCAGUUGGUUGCCCCCGCCGUUGAAGAAAUCCAACUUCGCCAAUGAAGUAACCCCGUCCACCACAAACAAAGCUUCUUUCCAAGUCUGCUUUCCACGAAGCUGUCAACCCGAACUGCCUAUGGAAAAUUCGCUUUCCCACUUGGCUUUAAUUUGAGUUUUCAACCCCAAUUACCACCUUGAAGGAAACUUGCUAUUCGGUGAACAGCCUCAUGUGCUGCUCGCGCUCUGUAUUGCGCCUUGUGGGUAGAAUAUGCAAUCACUCAUUAAUACCUAACUGGUACUUCAGGUUGAGCGUCAUCGACCGAAGAGUUCUCUCUUGAAGAAGCUUCCGCCUGAAGUGUUCAACAUGAUUGCACACUACUUGAACAUCAAGGAUCUUUUUGUGUUAUGGGGGCAGCCCUUACCUUCUCCUCAAUUCAGUCAAAUUAUUGGAUUCCUAUGGUAUCCACCUUGACAACCAAGUCAAGACUCGUCGCCUUCAAUGGGGUGCUACGGAUUUCGGAUGUUUCGAUCGCCAAUCCCAACUUUGUCUGUGUCAUUCCUUGUCCAAAGUACUGCAUACAGAAAAUGGGUUAUAUCCCCGACAAGUUACAGCUUCUGAACAGUCAUUUUUCUUCUUGUAUAUGCUUCCGUUGUUUCCUUACCUAGAGACCAUCCAGUUAGGGCCGGUGAACUCGUCUCGGAUCUUUGACGGGGGUUCAUUUGGUGUUUUUGUUCGUUUACUCCAUGCUAUGAAGCAACAUCCAAACGCCAAAUCCAAAAUUCGCUGUAUCAAACUCUAUGAGAGCGCCCUGAUACGGAUACCCAGAUGUCUUAGUUUCGACUUUAAGCACACGUGCUCGAGCAUCCGAAGCCUGCAGGUAGUUUUAGCGAAUCCUGCAAGUGCCGACGACCACGAACCGUGUCUACGGAGGGUUUUGGUGUGUCUUUCUCAGCUGGAAACAAUUCACGUCGAGAUUCGGCGGGACACCAUCGGUCUCACGGAAGUCUUCCCCAGACUCGCGUUCAAGAACUUGCGGACUCUUUUCCUCGGCGGAAUUGAUGCCAGCGUGCAAGAGAUGUUAGAUCUUGUUGACAGACAGGAACAGCUGCAAGUUCUGACUCUGGACUCUGUACGGCUCGACUCCCGCUUCUUGACAUCUGAGUAUGGGUGCUUGAGGUCGCUCGUAGCAGGUCUGAAUGGUCAGAUUCUGGAACAACCUCUGGAUUCACAGCCCUUUCAGCUUCGCCUGUCAAUGGGGAUACAACAAGCCGGAUGGGCGUUGGCAACAGAUGAACGGAACAACCCACAACGAGGAAAUUGUCGCGAAAUUGUGACUUCUGACAAGUUGUUGUGCUUCUUGCAUUCCUGA